AUGAAAGUCAAUCGAGAUGGUGCGGAAGCAAUAUUAUCCCCAUAUGACACUUCUCUUUCCUUCGAGCAGCGUCGGGCGGAGCCCCCGCCACACCGCACGAGUGUGAGCUUCGCUGAUAUUCAUGAUAUUUGGACCACUGGAUCGAUCGAAUUGGAAGAUAUCGACCGGCAACUAGUGAUAACCCACGAUAUUGAGGGUGGUUGCCUCACUGUUCCUGUCGAUGGCAACAAGGACUUUGAUAUGUACUUCACUGAGGACGGCUUUCUCGAGUUGGUUUGUUUAGGGGAAGAAUGGUCAAGCGGUCAGGGGAACUUUAAGAGGGUCAAGCUUGUGAGAGAAAGGUCUGGAUUGUUGUGGUGA